CCCUCUUUUGCCCCCUUCCAAAAAAAAAAAACAGCACCCCAACUCAGCUCUCCGUCACACGGGCGUGUUGUGCUCUGCCAGGUCACCUGGCUGCGCUGGCUGCCCAACGGCAUCAUGGGAUGCAGAACCACCAAAUUGCUGGGCGUGGUCGCACCCAUGAUCCUUGCCCAGCCAGGAGGCAACGGUGGCAUGGGUGGUGGUGGUGGGAACCCGCAUUUUGAGUGCCCAGACGCAGGUGGGUUCGCUGGCGACUCGGACUACAUCGGCGCCGGCCUGAAGCCAAUCCCAGUGCGGGGAAAUGUGGGCUGCGUAGACGCGGGUCCGCUCGCGACGCGACCGACCGUCGAGAAUCGGCGCGGCGGGACGCGGCCCGCGACUAAUAUUUACGGUCCGAUGGAGGCCGGGUUCACGAGCGAGAAUCAUGAGUGCCUGGGAAAUGUCGUCGUGCCGGCGGGCAUGGACACGCGACUCGCCGAGGCCAUGCUUCACGCCAUCGACGGCUGCGAGGACCGAGAGAUUUUGGACUUCUGCGGCGGCCACGCCACGCCCUAUCAUUACCACGAGAAGAUGAGCUGCCUCUACGAAGAUGAUGCGACGACGGGCCAUUCCACUCGCAUCGGAACGGCGCUCGACGGCCACGGCCUCUAUGGCAAACACGUUGAUGGCGGCGUCGAACCCGACGACCUGGACGCCUGCGGCGGGCGGGUGGGCGUGACGCCGGACAGCGGAGGAGAGCCGGUGUACUACUACACGCUGACGGAUGCGCCCCCGUUCACGAUGGGCUGCUUCGGCGACGCGUCUACCUACCCGGUGACGGUGGACCAGUGCAGGAGUCUCUACGACGCGUGUCAAGACGAGCCGGUCGUCAUCGAAACCGUCCACGGUUCCGGUCCAUUUACCCUGGAAUGCCCCUGCUGGGACUCGCGCGGCUCGAACGUCGAAGGCCACGGGACGCCGUGCUUUCUCGCGAGCGAGGGCAACUGCACCGGCGCCCUGAGCACCAGUGCCGCGAUGCGCGGGGGUGCGGGCCGCGUCGUCGGCAGAGCCAUGGUCGGCUGCCUGGCGGCCGCGGCGGUGCUCUUUGUUUGAUAUUUGUAUGUGCUGCGUGU